AUGGACUACUCUGCAGCCAUUGCAGACGAUCCAGCAGCCGCCUCACCAUGGGGCUCUUCCUCACCUCGAGCACAUAGAACGCCUUUCGCAGGGUCAGUGCCUGAUUCUCCGACCGGACCGAUCAGAAGCGACACGGACGAGGCGCAAAGCAGAUUACCUGAGCCAGCACUUGAAACUCCGACUGGACCUUCGCUCAACGGCCAGCCAGUUCCGGAGGUACAAGGCUCUGACCCUCGGCAGGCACAGCAACAGGUGCGGCCAUCAUCCCAAGCUCAGCAUCCACAUGGUCAGCAAUACACUCAGCAGGAUCAACAGCAGCAGUCCAGACCUGGCGCUACCAAUCUACCCAAAUUUCGAACUACCCAAUUCCGUGAUGUGCGUCGAACACAUUCCGAGUUCAUUAAAUUACAAGAACAUCUGAUCUCCUCAAAUCCUGAAACCAUCGUGCCGGCUGUGCCACCUGCCUUGACUUCGGCCGGUGCUGGCACCGAAGAAGACGAAAUCCGAGUAAAAGCAAACAUCCAAAGGUGGUUGAAUAUCGUAUGCAGCAAUGAAGUGCUUAUGCGCGAUGAAGAGAUGGUCUUCUUUGUCGAGGCUGAUUUUGGCUACUCCCCUGUAGUAAGGAUGAAACAACCAGCCACAGGUGUAAGGAGGAAGGUUCUCAAGCAGUUUGCGCCGCCACCUGAUGAUACUCCCGAGUUGCAUUUUGCACGACCUAUCGUCAAAGCUUUCUACCUGGCUACCUUGGACUCAGCUCAGCGGCUGGACAAGGUGGUCAAGGCUAGAAGAGGACUUGGUUUGGCAGAAUCCUCACUAGGAGAAAAGGUGGCUGCCAUGCACGUUCAGGAAACACAUCCAGGUCUAUCUCACGCUUAUCGCAAGCUUGGUCGUGUAAUACAGUCGUGCGGCGAUUUUCAUGCUGCACAAGGAACUGCUGAGGCAACGACAUUGGCCGAUGCCCUAAACUACCACUCUGCGGAUGCUUUCAUCGUCAAAGAAACUUUGACAAAUAGACACAUCCUUUUGCGAGAACUGGUGCAAGCUGAGCAAAUUCGAAGGUCGAAAGAAAGCGCUGCCACUCGACUGAAAAGCAGCUCCAGCAUAAAGAAAGACAAAGUAGAAGAAGCCAUCACACAACUCGAUGAGGCCUCCCAAGCUGAAAAUUUCCUCCGAGGCAAGACACAGCGAGUAACACAAAAUUUGUUGGCCGAGAAAAGACGCUGGUUUGAUCGCUCUUCAGAAGACAUGCUGAACUCCAUACGAGAUUAUGUUCUACGACAAAUUGAUCAUGAGCGACGUAUGUUGGCCACUCUUGAAUCUGUAAGACCAGACAUUCGGGCAAUUGAUGCAUCUGGCGGUCUCUCAAGGCUAGGUAGGGAACAUUUCCAAAAUGUCAGAAAAGCUAGCAUGGCAUCGUCACAAACAGCAAGGGGUGACGCAUGGUCCGGGGUACAGCGUUCUAGAGAUGCCCUUAGUAGGAGCAUGAGUGGCAGCUUUGUUGGUGGCAUUCCUGAAGCUGAAGAUGAAACCGAGGCGAAUGAGGGCGAGGCACAGAGUGGUCGACCCAGAAGUGGCACUGGUAGUGCAAGCUUGAAGAGCGUCAAGGAAGACGAAGACAAUGAUCGUGUGGAUGCGCGAAAUGCAGCGAGUCGGUUGGCGCAGAGCACCUUCUGA